AUUCAGGGAUUCCGGUACUCUUAGUUCAACCUUUCAUGAGCAAAAUUCAGCAAAAGGACCGCAGGACCUGCAUUGCUUAGAUGGACGUUCCAGUCGACGCAGGGACUUGCGAUGGACUCGAGCUCGAAGCCAUGCGCACGGUCGACUCCUCUUGGCUUCCCUGUACGGUCACUCUCAGCCCUUUUGGAAGAGGUCUUCUUAUAGACUUUGGAAGCCAAGAGCCAGAAGACAUGAUAUUGACUGAGCCAGAAGUGCUGAAGCGUCUCCGCUUUCGAUCAAUUCCUCUUCAAGGUGGCGAUUGCUCUCACAUUGAGCAAGGAAAACAUGUCCUUGCUGCCUGCGAAUCACAGUUCCCAGACUGCUUCUACGAUGCCGAAGUAGAAAAGAUUUCUCCUAAAAUUUAUAAUUUUCAGGUGCUCAGAAUAAGACACUCAAAGAGGAUCAAUUGUAGAUGCACUUUCACUGUUAAAUUGCUUCGGAAAGAUGUCAAGGGAGAAACCCUCACGGUAUCAUCUAGUUCAAUCAUGAGAUUAGCCGAGAAAAGUAUAAAGGAUCACCCUGUUAUUUCUGAAUUCUUGAAAUCUGUGGAAAGUCAAACUAUAUAUUCUGCCUCUCCAUUCUUCCCUGUUAAUCAAGAGAAUGGUGUUGAAGACCUAGACAGGAUGCUGGAAAAGCGAAAGGGUUGUUAUAUGUUUGACGAUCCUAAACAUGGAAUUUCAAGAGACAUUCUGUUUGGGAUUGGGAUGAAAGUUGAGAAGAAUGGGCAAGCACAACGCAGACUUAUUGAUGAAUUUGAUGCAAGUAAUUUUCCUGUUCAAGGUCCUGAAGAACCAAUUCGAUCAGAAGCAUCUGCUCAGGAUCCGGUGAAACUGCAACUGGAUGAAGAGGUUGAAGUUCCUUUACCUUUUAGUUCAUCUAUUUUUGAGCUUUCUAAUAGCAAGUCCCGACUCAGUCCUCUUGCCGCCCGUGCGGCUCUGGCAUCAAUAGUCUCAGCUGCUCACAGUGUAUUAACAAAUGGUACUGAGGCAGGCAACUCCUGUAUCAUUCGUAGUGUGUCUCCGCGGAGUGAUAAAUCUUUACAAGUGCCAUCUCCUUCUAUCCCAGUUGCUUCAGAGUCCAUUGAUUCUAGAGCAACAGAGAUGUGUUCAACAAAUGAAACCAAGGUGAGGGAACCUACAAAAAUAGCUAGAAUAACUCGAUCGACUGCUCGAGGAGGUCCUGCUGCCACAAAUUAUGAAGAUCAGAUAAAAUCCUGUAAGGAAGAGAUACAGAAAAGAACCUUGGCAAACACUAGAAGGUUUACUCGUUCUUCUGGGCUUGCAGAUAGAGAGAAUGCAAUAACAGUUGAGCAGGGUCUGGACUAUGAUUUGACCCGGAUGACGACAUCAAAUAGAAGUUCUACCAAAAGGAAGGUAUCUCAAAAGAAAGAAAAGGUCUCAUCACCGGUUGAUACUGAGUUUCAUGGUCUUUCCAAAGAAAAAGUUGAGAAAACUGUAGAUAAUAAGAGAAAAAUUGAAGAUAAAACUUCUGGUGCCAAGCAAAAGGAUGGAGAGGAAACUUCUGAUGCCCUCGAGAAUGUCGAACAAAACAAAGGUUAUCCCUCUAAACUUCUGGGUUUCAAUUUUGUUUUGUCAUUUAGUGUAGAUGUUAUGCUGCUAUGGCCCAUGGUCACUGCAUCUAAAUGCUACUGGCUUUUGCCUUCUCGUGAUGAUAAAUCUCCAUUGAUAAGCAUGAUACUCUUAAUUUCUGCUGCUGGUCCUUUUGCCUGAGCCAAUUUAUAUCGCAACAUAUGAAGCUUGCUUGAAGAGGCUGGAUUUGUAACUUCACAUCUGAUGAUUCACAAAAGAGGAAAGAAAAAGACUUGUACCCAGUGGUUCAAACAUGCAUUUUCAAGUUCAGUGGUUUAUCUUUAGGCUGCUAAUACUUCCUCACGCUCCCAAUCACCAUCAAUUUUGUUCCACCAUUAAAAAAGUAAAAAAUAAUUAACACGGUUUUGCAAUACAUGUGCUCAUGACAUGUCAUUUUGCUAAUCUGCUUGCCUAGUUCAUUAGUAAAAGGUGUUGCUUGAUUUGUGAGUCAUUAUAUUUUCUUCUCCAGCAUCAUAUUUCUUGUGCAUAACAAAGUCUACUUUUAAUGCGUGGAGAACACUUCUAACAGAACAAACCAAUUAGAAUUGAAACAAUCAAGUUAGAGAGGUUUAUUAUGACAGGUGAAAAUGAUUGAACAUUUUUGAGAUAGCAAUAGGAGGCAAUAUCUUAGAUGAUAUAGGUCAUGAUCCAUGAUUACAAGUACAUUCUGUAUCAACAUGUUGCUUGGAUCUCCCAAUAGUAUCGUGUCUGAGUACUACAGUGGAGGAUAAGUAGCUGGUUAAGUUGCAGGUUCUGGAGAGAGCAGCCGUGGUCAGAAGAGGAAACUGGCCUCUUCCAAAAAACAAGAGCGACGGUUUUCUCCUCGGCUUCAAUUUCUCCCACGCACUCGUUCACAGGGCAAGUCUCAGUUGUAAAUUUUGAUGGAAAAAUC